AUGGGUCUAUUAACUCAAGUUUUAUCUCAAGAUUCGACGUUGAACUCUUCUGAUGGUAUUGUUAUACAUCAAGUAGAAGUACAAACAAGUAGUAUUGGUCGCAUUAAGUAUGACGAUGGUGAAGUAAUUCUCUAUCAAAAUCAACGCAAGCCAACCGAUAUAUUUUUCACUCCAUUUCCUCGUGUCAAUCCGUUGAGUAGUGAAUGUCAUGAGAGCAUACUAAGUGGACAUGUCGAAUUGAGUCUAUCCGUCGAACUUUAUACUUCUUUACUUAUUCAAGUUAUUCAAAGUUACAUGAAACAAUACUUUCCAAAGUUAUGCAGUGAAAAUUCAACAUGCGAUGCUUCUCUACUACCGAUGAGUGCCAUUCGUCUUGUUCAAAAAGGUCUUCGAACAGACAAGAGUCGACAAAUGUACACGAUCAAUGAAGAAUGGCGUUCAAAUACUCUUCUCCUUCAAUCAAUCGAGUUUGUUAUAUACACAGCGAAUCANAAAGUAUCGAUAGAAAAACUAUACGAAAGUGUAUCGCGUGAAAAACUGCAUCAAACAGUUAACGUGAAAGUCUAUCCUAAAAGAGUUUCAGAAGCGCCUUGUAAGCGAUAA